AAGAAUAUGAAGAUCAUCCAUCAAUCACCACCAUACCUCUCAGUGAAACGUUGAGUGACAUACACAUCACCCCUGAUGAAGUAAAGAAUAUCCUUCUUUCUCUGGACGACAAUAAAGCAACUGGUCCAGACAACAUUCCCGCAAAACUGUUAAGAUGUUCUGCUUCCCAAAUAUGUUCAUCUCUUUGUGAUCUCUUCAACCUUAGUCUAAAAUGUGGGAAAAUCCCUGCAGCGUGGAAAACUUCUAACGUGGUACAAAUUCAAAAGAAAGGACUAUUAAAAGUAGUUUCUAAUUACCGUCCAAUUUCCUUACUUUCUAUUGUCUCCAAAGUUUUCGAGCGUUGUGUGUACAUUAGACUGAUAGCUCACGUUUCCAUCAACCUUCAUCAUCUCCAAUUCGGCUUUCUCAGAGGCAAAUCAACAACGGCCCAACUUUUACAAGUACUACAAGAGAUCGGUGAAAAGCUCGACAAGAGAGUCCAAACCGACAUCAUCUACCUUGACUUUGCGAAGGCUUUUGAUAGAGUUGAUCAUCGUUUACUUGUAAGAAAGUUAAAGAAAUUCGGGAUUGGUGGGACUUUGUUGAAAUGGUUUGAAGACUACUUAACCAAUCGUCACCAAAGAGUAACUGUCCUUGGCAAAACUUCACAUUCUCUCCCAGUACUUUCUGGCGUGCCGCAAGGUUCAAUACUUGGUCCUUUACUGUUUGUUAUUUACGUGAACGAUCUUCCGCAGGAAACAUCUACAUCGUCUAUUGCUUUGUAUGCUGAUGAUACUAAAUGCUAUCGUCCAGUUAGAUCACAUAAGGAUGAACAAUAUCUUCAAAAAGAUCUUGAUGGUAUUAACAAUUGGUGUGAAUUGUGGCGGAUGGAUCUGAAUCAAUCGAAAUGUGAAGUUCUUUCGGUGACCAGAAAUCUGAAGCUAGUGCCGUCGAGCUACCACCUUAA